CAAUUAUUUUCGCGGUUUGAUAAGUUUUUCUAAAUGGUAGUUUUAAACAAAAAUGAAUAUUGAGAAUAUUUCGCGGGUACCUGAACUUGCGGGGCAUCUAUUAAAUUAUUUGGAAAGUCGUGAAACAAAUAAUUUUUCAGAUGAAGACUUAGCAUCACUGUAUUCAGUUUUUGGCACAGUCUUACAGAGAGCCUUUGACAUACUAGAGAAGCAUCCUUCACUGGUAGAAUAUACUACUUCAAAAAAGACAAGAACUUUAAUUGAAGUCAAGGGUGAAAACAACCAUUGUUACAGAGUAUUUUCGAAGGUCAACUAUUGUCCUUGCCAAGCUUUUAAACACCAAGUUUUGGAGAAAAAAAGUGAAGUCUGUUGUAAACAUUAUUUAGCAGCACGUCUUGCAAAGAUUUUGGGUAGAACUGUUUCUCAUGAGGUUACUCAAGACCAGUAUUUAAUGUUAGUAAAAUCUAUGUUUGAUUUGGAAGAGAAAAAUGGAUGACGCUGUCUCUGAUUAUUAUUUUACUGCUUCUAUGGACUCUGGUAAAACACUCUGUAGUUUGCUGAAGGCUAUACAAUUCCAGGAGUCAGCAGUUCUGUGUGCCCUACCAGAAGGCCUAAAACUCACAGUUGAGGAGGGGAAAUGUGUUCAGGCAUCUGCUUACGUACCCUCUGACAACUUCACAGAAUACCAUGUUAGAGACAAUGUGGACGUUAUGUUCAAGAUAAGUAUUGCUGUUUUAGCUGAAUGCUUGAAUAUAUUCGGAUCAGGGGAAGAAUCCAGCCUAAAAAUGUAUUACAGGGGUGAAGGAUCACCUUUACUUUUAGUUUUACAACCGCAAUCAGUGCACAAUGUGAUGACAGACUGUGAGAUAUCGACUCAGACAGCGGACUCCGUGUUAGAACUGCGGGAUGAAGGUACCGAAGAGGUGGCCAAACUGGUGCUCAAGGCUCCGGCAUUCCUCGGCCUGCUGGCGGAUUUGGAACGUUCCUGCGAUGUGAUAGAACUCAAAUUGUCUCCAGAACAUCCUAACGUCAGCAUUGUUACAUACGGAAUGCAAGUAAUUUAAAAAAUGAUAUUUCUGGGUGUGUUAUUGAAGAGUUCAAGCAACCAAAAACAGCAAUUGUGCUGUUGUACGAUAUUGGUCGUCGUUUGUUCUUUUCCAUACUAAAUUAUGUAGGUAUCUACUUAAUUCAAUCAAAUAUUUACAAUACAAAACGCACGUUUAAAUGAAAAUUAUGUGCGUUAAAGUCCUCCAUCCUAAGGCUAUUUAAGUUCGGCUGCUCAUGGAGCUCAUGAAUCAAUAAAAAAAACAAUACAUUGAAGGAAAAAUGCAUAUAGGUACCAAAGUUUACGUAAGCAUGGGGGGGAGGGGGUAAGAGUCUUGCUUAAUUUUGCUAACAAGGGGGAGGAGGGCGUAAUUAAUUGUAAUAAAUCUGCUUACGUAAUACUUGAACGGCCCCUCACAGGAUGAGUGACCGAUGAAAUUUGUCAUUUCGAGUUCUUUCCGUUCUAAAGCUGUUGGUCCCGGAUGCGUCUGCAAGCAUGCAUUAGCACCUUCCAAUCCACAUUGCGCUCCCGUGUGGUGCCACCGUCGUUGAGUUGAGAUAAUAAACUCAAAAGCUCUUCAAAUGAAGACAUGAUCAUUCUAAAAUAAUCAAAACAAAUUUCUCCUGUUCUCGAACCAUAGUGUUUGAGUAAAAUAGUUCUCAUCAGCGUUAAUUAUCGUAAUAAAUGGAUGAACCCGAAACACGGUAAUAAUAUCAUACAGUAUUCUAUCUUCAUACAAACGGUCGGAAAGCGAGUCAUACCUACACCACUCGAGUUCGAGUCGCGAAUGCGCCGCCGCGC